UGUAUUCUUUAUGAAAUUACAUACAAAUUUUCCUGUUACGUUUAUAAUGCGUAAAUCUAUUCCGAAUGCGCCCUAAGCUCUAACGUCAAUUCCAAUUUGCAGGUUAUGUGUCGCUUACAUAAAAAAACAGUGUAGGCUUUGAAAACUAAGAUUUUAUUAUUGAAAAUGUUGUGUUGAUGUGAUAAUUUAUUUGAAGUUGAACAAGAUGAGUGCGUGUACAGCGUAUAUUAAUUUGCUUAAGGUGCCACAAAGGUGUGUGCUGCUCAGGCAAUGCCUACGAAAUACUUCGAGCACAGCCUUCUCCCACAACCAAAAAUGUUUAGUUGCUAUGACAAAUAAGCAGUACAUGUCCACGGUACAGAGUAAGAGCAUCAUAGCGAAUCGGGAGGAAGAACCAUCUCUUUUAACCAGAGUUCUAAAGAAGUUACCAUUCUUCGGAGUCGAUAGAACUAAACUGAAUUUGGUGGGAUUCAUGAUGUACGAAUCGAUAGCGGAUGGAAUCAAUUACGGGGAAUUCUUCGAGGAGUUCUCUCUGCCCGAUACAUUCUAUUCGUGGUUCGUUGUGACGGAACUGCAUCUGUGGAUGCUGACGGUCAGGUGUAUGGCGGAAGGUGAUGACGGCCGUCUCGUGAGGAAUCGAAUGGUCGAGGCGCUCUGGACCGACGUGGGAUUGAGAGUUAAAAAGAUUGGAGCUGCGAAUCCUGCGGGAAUGAGGAUGCAAGUUGCCGAAUUGUCGGAACAAUUGCAGGCGGCGUUGAUCGCGUACGAUGAGGGUUUGCAAUCGGACGAUGUCGUCCUGGCCGGAGCUCUCUGGAGGCGAAUGUAUCAACAGAACGACGUCGAUCCGGAGCAUCUUGAAGCGCUCAUCAAAUACAUCAGGAGGCAAGUUCGUCUGUUGGACAGCAAGGCGAAAGUCGAUCUGUUCAGGACGACGAAGAUGACUAUCUGGGAGCCGUCGAGUGAAAAGCUGUAAGAAUGAUUUUUAACAUUAUGUAAAUAAACUAGUUUAAAACAA